UUUUAGUGUACAAACAGUAUUCCGUUUUCCUACACCGUGAAUGCAUCACUUGUCCGGCACAGGAUACAGGACAACAUGGCUGCUGCUGCAGGCCGAUACUACGGAGAAGGUGGCAGAGCAACGAAAAGACAGAAAACCGAGGACGGAGGAAUGACAACGGAGAGCUACGAUGACCCUCAUAAACCUCUUCCUUCACCAGUGGUGCACAUCAGGGGCUUGGUGGAUGGAAUUAUGGAGUCUGACUUGGUGGAGGCCUUACAGGAGUUUGGUGCCAUCAGUUUUGUUGUUAUGAUGCCCAAGAAACGCCAGGCCCUGGUGGAAUAUGAGGACAUGAAUGGCUCCUGCAAUGCGGUAACAUAUGCAGCAGAGAACCAGGUUUAUAUUGCUGGCCACCCUGCCUUCAUCAAUUACUCCACUAGCCAAAAGAUCUCCAGGCCAGGAGACUCUGAUGACACUCGGAGUGUCAACAAUGUCCUGCUGCUUACGAUCAUAAACCCAAUCUAUCCUAUCACCACGGAUGUUCUCUACACCAUUUGUAACAACUGUGGUCCUGUACAGAGAAUUGUCAUCUUCAGAAAAAAUGGUGUUCAGGCAAUGGUCGAAUUUGAUUCAGUCCAAAGUGCCCAGAGGGCCAAAGCUUCUCUUAGUGGGGCAGACAUCUAUUCUGGCUGUUGCACUCUAAAGAUUGAAUAUGCCAAGCCAGCUCGCCUUAAUGUCUUCAAGAAUGAUCAAGACACAUGGGACUACACAAACCCCAACUUAAGUGGUCAAGAUGCUGAUGGUGAAGGCAAUUGGAACAAUUCACAAGAUCCUAAUGCUAAUCCCAACAAACGACAGAGACAGCCUGCUCUUCUGGGCGACCACCCACCUGAUUAUGGUGGCCCACAAGGAGGCUAUCAUGGCUACAAUGAUGACAGCUUCGGCCCUCCCCCCCACCAACGAAUAGGGCCAGGGAUGGGUGGACGCAGUCGUGGGGGCCAGCGCUAUGGCUCUGGUUACGGACCACCACCCCCUGAAUACGGCCCUCAUGCCGACUCCCCAGUUCUUAUGGUAUAUGGUCUUGAGCCCUCCAAGAUCAACGCUGACAAGGUCUUCAACAUCUUCUGUCUGUACGGCAAUGUAGAAAGGAUUAAGUUCAUGAAGAGUAAACCUGGGGCAGCAAUGGUGGAGAUGGGAGACUGCUACUCUGUAGACAGGGCCAUCACACACCUCAAUAAUAACUUCCUUUUUGGACAGAAACUUAACGUUUGUGUGUCCAAACAGCAAGCUAUCGUACCAGGACAGUGUUACCAGUUAGAGGACAACACUAGCAGCUUUAAAGAUUUCCAUGGAUCCCGCAACAAUCGCUUCACCUCUCCAGAGCAAGCAGCCAAAAACCGAAUACAGCACCCCAGCAAUGUCCUUCAUUUCUUCAAUGCACAGCCCGACAUAUCCGUAGAAAUCUUCAACCAGAUCUGUGAUGAAGUGGGCAUUAAGAGCCCAACAAGUGUGAAGCUUUUUACUGGAAAGAGUGAGCGGAGUUCAUCUGGUCUGCUGGAGUGGGAAUCGAUCAAUGAUGCCAUGGAGGCCCUAGCUAUGAUGAACCAUUACCAGCUGAAAAACCCUAGUGGGCCUUACCCAUAUACACUCAAACUGUGUUUCUCAACCACACACCAUGCAAACUGAACCUUGUGUUCUCUCUAAUGUUUUGUGUCUUUGCAAGUGUCUCCUGCAGUUGUUCUGUCUCGUCCCAUCAGCCAGUAUUGACGAUUAAUGUCUUUAUGUCUUUUACAACAUUGAACUUAACAUUUAACAUUGUAACUUUAAGGUUAAUCUUUUAACUUUCACUCCAAUUCUGUUUAUUUUAUAUGUUCACAACAUUAGAUUAAAAAAAAAACAUGCACUACCCUGAGAAAUAAAUUUACAAUGUUGACAAGGAGCCACAAGGUGAAUACUGAUUAAACUGGUCAGCUCAUUUACAGACAUGA